AUGGCCGAAACUCAGCCCUACGGCGUUCGCAAUCGCCGGCCUUCAGCCACAGACAACCUUAUCAAUGCCGCCAAGAGCUUCGAAUCAAAGGUCGAGCAAUCUCUUCUCAUUCUCUGGGAUGAACUCCCAGCCUGGCGUCGCGACAAUGCCUUCAUCCUUUCGGGCUACCGCCAAUCUCACGGCUCUUAUGCCCAUUCAUUCCGCUCCCUCUUCUACCUCCACAAUGAGUCCGUAAACAUCUGGUCUCACCUCCUCGGUGCCAUAGUCUUUCUCGCUAGUGCAGCAUACGUUGACCGAGCUGUCCGUCCACGGUACGAAAGCGCAAGUAGCGCUGAUGUACUCGUCUUUGCAUGCUUCUUUGGGGGCGCUGUUGUGUGUCUGGGGAUGAGUGCCACGUACCACACUCUGUCGAAUCACAGCGAUACUGUUUCGAAGUGGGGGAACAAGUUGGAUUACACAGGCAUCGUGGCUUUGAUCGUUGGAAGCUACGUUCCAGCUCUGUAUUACGGCUUCUUCUGUCUGCCUAAUCUGAUGGCCUCCUAUCUAUGGGUUAUAUGUAUACUCGGUCUUGGAUGCACAAUCGUUUCAUGGGUCGAGCGCUUCCGGACCCCCGCAUGGCGUCCGUAUCGUGCAAUGAUGUUCAUCGGCCUUGGUCUAUCUGGCGUUGUCCCUGUCAUCCAUGGCCUCUUCAUCUAUGGUUACCAAGGUCUUGAAGAUCGCAUGAGUCUAAGCUGGGUUCUCCUCCACGGUGUCAUGUACAUCUUUGGCGCUGUACUCUAUGCGGCUCGUUGGCCCGAGAGAAGCGCACCUGGCGCCUUCGAUAUCUGGGGAAGCUCGCAUCAGAUCUUUCAUAUUUUCGUCAUCCUUGCAGCCGUUACACACUUUUACGGUAUGGCCAAGGCUUUCGACUACCACCACACCAUUAUGGGUUCUCAAUGUCUCAUGGACUAA